AGUGAGCCAGGCACCUGAGAUGGAAAAUUUUAGCCCAAAUGGUUGAAGUUUGACAAAAUUAUAAGCAACUGAAGAUAGGAUCUUAUAACAGAAAGUGUUUAGGCAUAUUCAAUAUAGGCAGAGCUACCCUCUCCACCUAUAUUUGUCAACUUACAAGUCAAUAGACAUUGACACAGUCUUGAGCAGCAUAACACUUAUGUAUGUAAUUAAAUCUUGGUGGUGGCACUUUCAAAAAAGCCAGGUGCUCUGCAUUUUCUGAUAGCAAUCAUAAGCUCUUGUCAUUUAAGCAUAUUAUGCUGUGCAAAACUCCUGUUUGGAACUUGCUUUUGGUAAUAGGUUAUUAAGAGUUCACAGAUUGGCCCAACAAAAUCAGUUCACUCUAACUUUUCCCUUUUUAUUUCCAGUACUCAAAUGGACAAACUUUAGGGAUAGUAAAUAGUUCAUUGAAGUGGCACCAUGUUGCUGAUGGAAGAGAGACAGAAUCUGAAAUUUCAGUGUUGUAAUUGUAGGAGUCCUACCAAUAAGGUAAUGUCAGGCUCCUGGAUCAUAUGCUGUAAUAAAAAAAACUCAUCCAAGAAUGGAGUACAUGAAACGGACAAAGCGGCUGAAAAUGUGCAAGAAAAAAUGAAGAUGAAACAAGAAAUUACUUUGCUUAAUGGUGUUUCUUUAAUAGUAGGGAACAUGAUUGGUUCUGGGAUAUUUGUGUCACCCAAAGGUGUUUUGAAGUAUAGUGCCUCCUAUGGACUCUCACUAUUCAUUUGGGCCCUUGGUGGGAUCUUUUCGUUGUUUGGAGCUUUGUGUUAUGCCGAACUGGGAACAUCCAUUGUUAAAUCAGGAGCUAGCUAUGCUUAUAUACUAGAAGCUUUUGGUGAAUUCACAGCCUUUAUCAGAUUGUGGUCUUCCUUGCUCAUUAUUGAACCAACAACUCAGGCUGUAAUAGCAAUUACAUUUGCUAAUUAUAUUGUUCAACCAAUUUUUCCAUCCUGUGAGCCACCAUACGAAGCAGUCAGGUUGAUUGCAGCUGCUUGCAUCUGCACCUUAACAUUUAUUAACUGUGUCAAUGUGAAGUGGGGAACCAGAGUACAAGAUCUGUUCACAUAUGCAAAAGUUAUGGCCCUUAUCAUGAUCAUCUCGGUGGGUCUUUAUAAAAUUAGUAAAGGAGAAACAGAAAAUCUUAAAGCUCCAUUUGAAGGUUCAACAACUGAUGUAGGAUGUAUAGCACUUGCUCUGUAUUCAGCCCUCUUUUCCUACUCUGGAUGGGAUACUCUGAAUUAUGUCACUGAGGAGAUGAGGAAUCCUGAAAGGAAUCUACCCCUCUCAAUUGCAAUUUCAAUGCCUAUUGUGACCAUUAUUUACUUGCUGACUAACAUAGCAUACUAUGUAGUGUUGGACAUGCCAGCUCUUCUAACAAGCGAUGCAGUGGCAGUGACAUUUGGUAAUGAAGCCCUUAGUUAUGCUAAGUGGAUAAUUCCUAUUGCAGUGGCCAUGUCCUGUUAUGGUGGAUUAAACUCAUCAACUAUUGCAGCUUCCAGGCUUUUUUAUGUUGGAGCCAGAGAAGGACACCUUCCUGAUAGUUUGAGUUUGAUUCAUAUAAAGUGUUUCACACCAAUCCCUGCUCUUUUCUUUAAUGGUUUAAUGACUUUGCUCUACCUCCUUGUGGAAGAUGUCUUUCUCCUCAUUAAUUACUACAGCUUCAACUACUGGCUGUAUGUUGGGCUGUCUAUUGCAGGAUUAAUAUACCUGAGACAUACUCAGCCUGAUAGGCCACGGCCUAUUAAACUCAGCCUCUUCUUUCCUGUAGUAUACUGUUUAUGUUCCAUUUUCCUGGUCCUGGUUCCUCUCUUCAGCGAUACAAUCAAUACCCUCAUUGGAAUUGGCAUAGCCCUCUCUGGAAUUCCUGCAUAUUAUUUGGGAGUUUAUUUACCAUCUGAAAAGAAACCUAAAUGUCUUCAGUGGCUCUCUGCCACAACAACAAAAUAUGUUCAGAUGUUGUUCUACUGUUGUCUGACAGACUUGGACACUGAAGUGGAUCAGACAGAAGCUAAAGCCAAAUAGGGUUGUCUGGACAUUUACAUACUUGAAGCAUUUUUAGUGUCUGAAAUUCUUUGUGUAGGGUUGGUUGCACGAAAGUACCAACAAUUACACUGUGCAUCAGUUUGAUGUUAAUUAUUUUUGUGCUUAUUUUAUUAGCCCCUUCACUGCCAAGGGUAUUUACCAAUCCCUGUUCUACAGGAUUUUUUUCUAAUUUUGUUUAUUAAUGCUGAUUGAUUACCUGGUGAUUGUGAAGUGCUUUGAAAAUAUAAAGCACUGUAUGAAUAAGCUCUUCAUGUUACAUAAGUGUUAGUUUUUGCAAGCCUUUUGGAAUAAAUCUAUUCAGUGCAAAGCAGAAUCUUGAGAAAUAAAAAGACAAAUGAAAGAAUACAAUGCAAAUCAGACACUUACUAGAUUUACAUUUCUAAAGAUAAGGCAGGAGAAGAAAGUCACAAUAUAAAUUUAAGAUUUGUAUUGCAAUUAGAAAAUUUGUUUCUCAGCAAAAUGUUUAAGUAGGCAGGCAAGCAUUUUCAAGGUAUAAAUGCAUCAGUAGAACAAAAAAAAUCUAAUCCAUGUUCCCCUAAGUAGAUCCCAGCAGACACAUUUAAUUCAGUUAUAAGAAGAAUACAAGGGAAGUGGACUAUCUGAAAAAUAAAAGCUCUGUGCUAAACCUUAUGUGAGGACAUACAACAAUUGUCAUCUUUUUGCAGUAGAGGCAUUUCAGAUAACAAAUUAGUUCACAUAGUUGUUGUCACAGGUGUGCCAAAUCUCUUGCAGAUCAGCUAGUCAUGGAAUAGGAUAAAAAGACUGCAAGUUCUACUUCAGUAUAUGUACAUUCAGGGGUAAGCACAUCACCUUUCUAUAGUGUGCCUGUGUUCACCUACAAACAUCAAAAAUUGUGGCCUCAUAAACCAUAGUAGAUAUGCUGGUUGACUUUCAUUUAGGAAGGAAUGAAGCAUCCAUCUCCUGAAAACGUAGAAGAGAAAAUAAACAUCCUGAAAGAACUAUCUGGGACUUAGGCCCCAGAGGCAAUUCCUCUAGCCUUUCUUGAUAUACACUAUACUUUGUCAUCCUGUAGGAUGUUACACUUACUUUCCAUAAUGCUUUUGGAAUAUAUAUAAUAUUCUGUCUGUAGCUUCAUCAGUGUUCCUUUCCAUAGCUCUGAUCCUAAACUGAUCUCUAGCUUUUAGCUUGGGGGGGUACAACAUUAUCCUUCAUUAUCGCCUACUUGGAGAGAGCUGUGGGGAGAGGGGUUGUCAUAACUAU